GUAACGCUUAUUCUAAAUGGAUCAGUCGGUCUCUGCAGUGCAGCAGGAAUACCAGUAUUUUAUGUCACAGACCAACGAUGUCUGGGACCCAGACAACAAAUCCCAGACGGAAGCGGUCGGUGAGGUAUGCUUGCUGAGGAUUACGAAAGAUCUGCGCGCAAUAUGUAGUGAUCCGGCUCCCGGAAUUUGUGUCAUCCCGGACAACGAAGACCUGACAAAGGUCUAUGCUUUGAUUACGGGCCCAUUUGAUACACCAUACGAAGGCGGAUUCUUCCUUUUCCUCGUUCGUUUUCCUCCGGACUAUCCGUUAAAGCCCCCGAAAGUGAAGCUAAUGACAACUGGAAAUGGUACGGUCCGCUUCAAUCCCAACCUUUAUAAAAACGGGAAGGUCUGUCUAAGCAUCCUCGGCACUUGGACUGGUCCCGAAUGGACUCCAGCGCAGAGUUUGUGGUCUGUACUGAUCUCAAUCCAAUCGCUAAUGAAUGAUCAGCCCUAUCACAACGAACCGGGAUUUCGAUACGAGCACAGUCCCGGAGACGCGAAACGUUACAAUGCCAUAAUCAUGCACGAGACAAUUCGCUGUGCAGUGUGUGAUGUUCUUGAUGGUCUCUCUUGGUGCCCGCCUGAUUUGUUAUCCGUCGUGCAGUGUAGCUUCGAUGAUUACUACGAUCAUUAUAUCGACGUGUGUCAGAAAAAUGCUCAUCUUACCGGGCAAGAAAUGAAUGAUCCGUUUGGUGAUCGCCGAGGUGUUUUUGAUUUUGCCAAGCUUACCGAUCGCAUAAACGCAAUUCGGGUCAGACUGCACGCAAAUACUCCAACCAGUUACAUAGACGGAUAAACGAGAAUGCCACCAGAGUUUCAAGUUUGUCCCCUAUUUCCCGACAUCAAUUUCGCCACAUGCUUGUGUGGAAAACCUACCCCGGUUGUCGUGUGUGAUGCUCACUUAUAUUAUUUCGCGACAGGCCUGUGCUUCUUAGCUGAAUGCACCGAUUAUUUGACUUGUCAUUUUCCUUUUUCACCUCUUUUUGUGUGUAUAUAUAUAUCACGCAUUUCAUACUCCCCCUUCCUGAAUCUCUCUAAAUAGCUCCUUUGCGUUAUCAA